AUGUCGGAGGUCGCGCAAAGCCAUUUUCAGACUCUCACGCUCGAGCAGCUGCAAGAGAGGAUAAACCAACAUGACAAGGAGCGAGAGCGCCUCGAUGUCGCGCCGACGAGAAAACAGCUCAUCGGCCCCUUUACCGUGUUCUGCCUCAUCAUCAACCGUACCAUCGCGAGCGGCAUCUUCACGCAGCCCAUCAAUGUCCUUAAUCUGACGGGCAGCGCCGGCGUCUCGCUUGUUCUGUGGUUCGCCGGCGGAGUGAUAAUCAUAUGCGUGGUCGCCACUUGGAUCGAGUUCGCCCUCACGGUGCCUCUCCACUACAUUUUCCGCAACGGUGUCAUGCAGAGAGUCUCAGCGCCUAGGAAUGGCGGGGACAAGAACUAUCUCGAAUACGUAUUCAAACGACCGCGACGACUCAUGACGUGCAUUUUCGGCAUCGGAUUCACAAUCUUCGGAAACCUCGCAGGCAACGCCCUCCAGUUCGGGAUCUACAUGCAACGGGUCAUCAUGGACCACCCGGCAUGCGAAAAAAGCGAAAGCGGCCUCUGUGCCGUAGAAAAGGGCCCCGUCAUCGCCUGGGCCGUCGCCGUGCUCACGGUCUGCGCGCUCAUCAACGUGGCCACGCGCUCGUACACCCUCGGGCUGAACAACAUCUUCGCCGUCACCAAAAUCACCUUUGUCACCGUCAUCACCUUCCUCGGCAUCGCCUACGGGACCGUUCACGGCAACCAGUGCAAAGCCAACAUUUCGUGGGAAUACAAGGGCGACGGCGCGAGCGGAGGCGUGGCGGACAUUUCGAGGGCGCUCUUCUUCGCCAUGUACCCGUACACCGGGUUCGAGCAGCCCUUUUACGUGGUGUCCGAGGUGAGGAAGCCGCACAAGACGUUUGCCAAGGCCACCAUGAUUGCCAUGGUGGCCGUUUUAGUUUUGUACCCUCUCACCAAUGUGAGCUACUUGUGCAUGGUGCCCUUUAACGGCAAGCUCAAUCCUUCGCAGAACAUGGCGCUUUUGUAUUUUGAGAAGCUGUCCGGGACCAGUGGAGACAGCGUGAUUCGCGGUGUCUCGGCCCUCCUCGCCUUUUUCAUCUUUGGAAACUUGAUGGCUCAGACCUUUACCGCCACUCGAGUCAAGCAGGAGAUCGCCAAGGAGGGAAUCUUCCCUUGGUCUCUUGCCCUUUCCUCGAAUAACGAUACCCUCUUCUCUCGCCUUUCUUCGUCAUCUUCUUCUUCCACGAGUCGACACUCGCAGAUCGAUUCGGCUGCCAACCUCGACAACCACCGGGAACAGACACCCAUCCCCGCCACAUUCCUCCACUGGUUCUUCGAGGUCGUUCUCGUCAUCGUGGCCAGUCUAUCAACCAACGAGGUGUCUGAAGCGUACAGACUCCUUACUUACCUCUACACCUACAUCAUCGUGGGUAUAUUCGGCUUCUUGACCGCCGCCGGAUUGCUGUAUCUCAAGCUCGAGCCCUACUUCCGCGGAAAGCGAUCACGCGACUGGCCGUCCAAGACCAUGUGGACCCCGCCGCUGGAUCCCCUGCCCGUAUUCAUCGCGGCCGUGACUCUCCUCUUUCUGCUUUUCGCCGGGUUUGCCCCGCCAAGCCAUUGGGAUAACAGCGCCCUCGCGUGGUGGACCGGCCCCACGAUUGGGCUGGCGAGCGCGGGAAUUGGCGUGGUGUGGUGGAUCGGCCUCCGAUUCGUGCAGUGGGCAGGCCGUUGGGAGCUGGAUACGAAGCGCCUGCCUGUCGUCGAGAUCGACGAGGACGGUCAGGCCAUACAAAGGGCCGAAUUGGUUGAGCACCGGAAAAUUCCAGUCGAGGGCAGGAUUCGGAGUAGGACAAGGCACUCGAGUGUAGUGGUGUAA